UUGAAAGGUGACAGGACGAGAAAAAUACUUUGGUGUAUAUAUGUUUGAAAACAAUUUAUUUUAAGGAACCGAAUUCAAAGUAGCUCAUUUCGCGUCAACACGACUAACGAGCAGCAUUUAACUUGUGAAUGUAAAACACAGACGAUAGUCAUAACUAACUGUUCGGUUGGUUGGAGAAUUUUCAAUACAAUUUGAGAUAGUAAAUUCACAUCGUUAUACGUUUUCUUGGAUGCAAUCAAACGGAUAUCAGCAAAUGUUUUUUUUAUCGAUAGUAUCAAGGAAACACAUACUGCCCGAUCUGAGCGUAAGAACGCAUUGAAAUGGAAUAUCCGAUUGUGUGCGGGAAGAAGAGCUUAUGCGUACUGAUGUCUAUAGCCAUGCUGUUAUGUUACUAUGAAUAUACAAGGAUCGACAUAAAGAACGAAGAAAAAUCGCUGAAACAACUUCAACGUGGCAAAACUAACAAACACUCUGGCGAGAAUCAAACUGUAGUAGACUUUGGCGUGCCAAUCGAUGAUGCUGAAAAACGCCAAGAUGUGCCUAAUGUGUUACUGAUAACGUACUUACGGUCGGGCUCCUCUUUAAUCGGAGAUAUCGUCCAGCAGGUGCCCCAUGCACUUUACUCUUUUGAACCCGCCAAGCAAUGCAUGGAGAGAGGUUAUUAUCUGUCUCGCGAUCGUGGUAUGUGCUACCUCACCAACGACGUGUGCAAAAAUACGCCCAAGAAUGAUUACGGAUUCAUAAUGGAACAUUUCAAGAACUUUUACAAAUGUAAUUUAAAAACGCUAAACCUCUAUUUCUUAUCAAGGAGUAGGCAAUUCCAUAAAUUAGCUUACCAAUGUAAACGUGAAGCUAAUCAGAAAAAGUGUAUUUCUAAACUGAUUCCAGUGUGUGAAAAAGCGGUCCGGAUAAUAAAAACCAUACGAUUGUCUAUGGACAUGGUACAGGAAUUAAUGGAGAAUAUUCCUAACCUAAAAGUGAUACACUUACUACGAGAUCCACGAGGGAUGAUCGUGUCCAGGAUAAAAGCCAUAAGGCAUCUUCAAUACAAAAUGGGAAAUAUGUCUUCGAUAGCCCGGGCCGUGUGCGAUAGGUAUAACAGAGACAUAAGUAUAGGCCAAUCACUGAAGGUCAAAUAUCCUAACAGAAUUAAAACACUGCUAUACGAACAGAUAGCACAGAGACCUUUAGAAACUUCUAUUCGAAUAUUUAAAUUUUUGGGACUUCAACCAAAAAGCAAUUUCAAAAGUUGGCUGAUGGAGCACAUUGCAGGGGACCCGAAAAUGUCACCUGGUCAUCCCGCCUUUAGUACUGUGCGCGCCAACUCUACAGCCACUGCGAACUCCUGGCGGUUAAAACUGUCGUUAGAUAACGUCAUGGAUAUUGACCGGGAGUGCUCUAAGGUGUAUGCAUACACAGGCUAUCUGGCGGUAAAGAAUUCAGCCCAUCUGAAAAAUCUCAAUAUAUCCGUUCGAAAGGAGAAUUCUGAUUUUCCAUAGAUACACUAUGUAAGUUGCAACAAUAAAAAAAUAAAAAAUAAACUAUCUUCAAUAGUUUUUACAUGAAAUGUAAAACAAGCAUAGCAACAAGAAAUACUUUCCUAUAUACUUUUUACUUCUUUUCUUUUGUUGUAAUUUCUAUUGAUUAAUCAAGGCCUUUGUUUUAAAGGAAUAAUACAUUAGAUUAGUCUGAUGCCCCUCAACUGAUCCGUGAGAAGUAUUUAGUAGAGAGACAUUGUUAAAGGUUUGUUCAUUAUAGGAAUAAUGUACUUAGCUUAUUAGGACAAUUUAUAUAGUCCUUGUCCUCUUUUUAUCAUAUAUACCGGGUCAAGUUCGUCCUAAGGUAAAGUCCGGCCACUCGAGAUAUUUUCUGUCUUGUGAAAUUAAUUAGAAGAAAAAAAAAUCUUCCAGUUUGCGAUUUUGCUGUAAACAUUAUUGCUAUUAAUUUAUGUCAUACGUGUGAAACGCUGACAGAUUCACAUGAUGGUAUGCAAAACGUGUAGCAUCGAUAUCCCUAACACUGUAAUAUACGAAUUUGUUGAAAUAUCAAUUUCGGGCAGGUUCAGCCAAUGCAAUACAUGGAACGUCGGUUAAUUGGUUAGAACAUCUGGGCGAACUUAGCCAAGACUGCUUGCCCGAACAUUCCUCAAGGCGGAGCAUGUUCGGUCAUCCAAUCUUCCGGCAGAAAAGAAAUAUUCUUCUAAUAAGUGCGUGUUUGCCAUUUUGUUAUUGUUAUUAUUUUAUGAAUGGCAUGGAAUUUCUCUUCCUCGUGGUAUAUAUAUAUCUAAAGUAAUUUCAACGAAUGCCAU